AUAUUGCUGUACUAAAAAUAUGGCUUCAAUAAGUCUAUUAAAUCCUAAAGCUGAAUUCGCUAGGGCAGCGCAAGCUUUAGCUGUUAACAUUUCCGCCGCUAAAGGAAUUCAGGAUGUUAUGAGAACUAACCUCGGUCCUAAAGGAACCAUGAAAAUGCUGGUAUCUGGCGCCGGUGACAUAAAAAUAACUAAAGACGGUAAUGUACUACUGCAUGAAAUGCAAAUACAACAUCCCACUGCUUCUCUCAUUGCCCGCGCGUCCACCGCCCAAGACGACGCCACCGGCGACGGGACGACGUCCACUGUUCUUCUUAUAGGAGAAUUACUCAAACAAGCUGAUAUUUAUAUUAGUGAAGGAUUGCACCCUAGGAUCAUCACUGAAGGGUUUGAUGUUGCUCGCAAUAAAGCUCUGGAGAUUCUUGAUUCUAUGAAAAUACCUAUAGAAAUUAAAAGAGAAAGUUUAGUUGACGUUGCAAGAACCUCUCUCAAGACUAAGGUACAUGCUAGUUUGGCCAACUUGCUAACUGAUGCCUGUGUAGAUGCUGUCCUCGCCAUUCGUACACCCAACAAACCAGUUGACUUACACAUGGUGGAACUCAUGGAAAUGCAACACAAAACAGCCACAGAAACAACAUUGAUAAGAGGUUUGGUUUUGGACCAUGGUGCACGUCACCCAGACAUGCCAAAACGUGUUGAGAAUGCAUACAUUCUUACGUGCAAUGUCUCCCUAGAAUAUGAAAAAACUGAGGUUAAUUCUGGCUUCUUCUAUAAAUCAGCAGAAGAUAGAGAAAAGCUUAUUGCUGCUGAGAGAGAAUUUAUUGACCAAAGGGUAAAGAAGAUUAUUGCUUUAAAGAAGAAAGUCUGUGAAGGUACAGACAAAUCAUUUGUUGUUAUCAACCAAAAGGGAAUUGAUCCUCUUUCCCUUGAUGCACUUGCUAAGGAAGGCAUAAUCGCUCUGCGUAGAGCCAAGAGGCGUAACAUGGAGCGGCUGUCACUCGCUUGCGGUGGAACCGCCAUGAACUCCGUUGAAAAUAUCACAGAAGAUUGUCUUGGUUAUGCUGGUCUUGUCUAUGAGCAUAUACUUGGAGAAGAAAAGUAUACAUUUGUAGAGGAGUGCAAGAAUCCUUUGUCAGUAACUAUUCUUAUAAAAGGACCAAACAAGCACACACUCCUUCAGAUUAAGGAUGCGGUGCGAGAUGGUCUCAGAGCCAUCAAUAAUGCUAUUGAAGAUAAAUGUGUGGUACCAGGUGCUGGAGCUUUUGAUAUCAAAGCCAACAUGGAGCUUUUGAAAUUCAAAGAUACAGUCAAGGGCAAAGCUCGUUUAGGUAUUCAAGCUUAUGCUGAAGCUUUGCUUGUGAUACCAAAAACUCUUGCAGUCAACUCAGGUUAUGAUGCCCAAGACACUAUUGUUAAACUUCAAGAGGAGGCUCGUUUGAGCCCUGAUCCGAUUGGUCUAGACUUGAGCACUGGAGAAGCAAUUAAACCAGCUGAUUUAGGUAUAUUUGAUAACUACAUUGUCAAGAAACAAAUACUUAAUUCUUGUUCUGUCAUUGCCAGCAACCUUCUACUAGUAGAUGAAAUUAUGAGAGCUGGAAUGUCAAGUCUCAAGGGAUAAAACACAAAUUUAUGAAAUUUAAUAUCUUAUAGUUGUAACACAAAUUAGCUUUUAAUAAUGGCUUGUGCAUUUAAUUUGUCUAAUGCUUCAUAAAGUUUUCCUUUCAUUUGAUCAUAUUUCACUUACAAAGUAUGUAUUUAAUAAU